AUGGCCGCGUCGCUUUCCUUCCUGGCGCAAACGCCCGCCGCCGUCCGCAUUGCGGCCGGCUCGUUGCCUGCACCGCUUUCAACGAGCCCUUCUUCCGCCCAACAACUUCGCGUUAUUCCCGUGGAUUCCAAUUUCCGCGCGAUUGCCGCCUCCCCCUUCCGCUCUGCCAUCCCCGCCUCUUCCCGCCGCGCGCACUUUACAGUCCUGGCUGCAUCUGCUGACAACGUGUCGGCCCAGUCAGCAGCUGGCGAUUCCACGUUAGCAGCAUCUUCCGCCGCCGCCGCUGCCACUACUGCAGUCGCGGAAGCCCCGGCGGAUGCUGCGGAGGCCGCAUCAACAUCCGCCGCAGCAGCGGAAGCGGCGGCGACGGAAGAAGAGCCAGUAGUUGACGAAGCGCCUAAGAAGAAGCGGCGUGCGCCGCCGAAGAAAUUAAAACGCGAAGAAAAGGCGGUGGCGACGUGGGGUUGGGAUGGGCGGUCCGCGCGAGACCUCGACUCGCUGGAGCGAUGGCUGCGCGCCAAGGGGCUGCCGCAGCAGAAGAUGGCGCUGCGGCUGGUGCGCGAAGGCGGGCGUGGACUCGUGGCGACGGAAAACAUCGGAAAAGGGGAGGGCAUCUUGAACAUUCCAGAGAAGCUGCUUAUAACGGGAGAAACGGUGUACAGCUGCCCCCGCGUGGGCGCAUUGCUCAAAGCGGCCAACGUGCCGGACUGGCCGGCAUUGGCUGUCUACUUGCUGAGCGAGGCCGGCAGAGGGGCGGCGUCUGAGUGGAGUGGGUACAUCGAGACGCUGCCUCGUGCUCCGCCCUGCAUCCUCCAGUGGUCCAUUGACGAGGUGGAUGUGCUUCUAAAGGGGUCUCCUGUCAGGCAGCGUGCGAUUGAAGCCAUCGCUGACGUCACAAACACGUUCACAGAGCUUGAAGCUGCCCUCUUUUCAAAGCACAGAGACGUCUUUCCAGAGAAGCUGUUCACGCUCAACAACUUCAAGUGGGCCUUCGCAGUGCUCUUCUCCCGCCUGGUCCGCCUGCCAUCGCGCAACAAUCGCCUGGCGCUGGUGCCGUGGGGAGACAUGCUGAAUCACCGCUGCGAGAUUGAGUCGUGCAUCGACGUCGACACGUGGAAGGGCAGCGUCGUUUUCACCACCGAUCGUGCCUUUGCCAAGGGCAAGGAGGUGUUUGUCUCGUACGGGCCCAAGUCCAACGGAGAGCUUCUCCUUGCAUAUGGUGUCGUGCCCGCCACGCGCAACCCCAGUGACUCCGUCCCGCUGCUGCUCGCGCUCUCCCCAGACGACCCCCUGCUGCCCAUCAAGGAGGCGGCUCUGCGAGCCAACGGGCUGACUUGCCCGCUCUCCUUCCCAGUCCGCAUGGACGGCUGGCCCUCUCAGCUGCUCGCAUUUGCUCGCCUCGUAGCGGCUGGGCCAUCCGUGUCAGAGGACCAGAUCAGAGAGCUAGCAGCAGCCACCUCAUUCGCUGGUUCGCCCUCCUCCCCCUCAGCGCCUGCUAAGCGAGAGAAGCCGUCUCUCCCCUUCACCCCCUCCUUCACCCUCGAGCACGAGCUGGAGGCCAGGGAGGUCAUCCUCGCUGCCUGCCGCCUGGCACUAGCUGGUUACUCCACCACUCUUCAGGAGGAUGAAGCUCUACUGGAGGGCAACAGCGAUGACUAUCUAGAGGAUGAUGGCGAGCAGCGGGUGCGCGUGAUGGCUGCUGCUGCCCUGAGGAGCAGUGAGAGGCGCAUUCUGCUCCGAACAGACUUUGUGCUCCGCUCAGAGCUGAGGGAUAUGCGCAAUGCGCAGCAGGCCAAGGCAGGAGGCAAGCAGAAGAUAGAUCUCGGCAACAACUUCGGCGGGGAGAGUGCGAGCUUUAUUGGCAAGAUUCUACGCAGAAUAUCGCGUGUAGAGUAG